AUGCAUAGAUAUAAAAUACUGAUACCAAGAUUUUCUGUUGGCCUUUUGGCAUUUUCAUUCGUCGUUUUUAUACUGCAUGUGUCGGAAUAUAAUAAUGUAUCCGCCGAGUCUGGAAAGUCGGAUAAUAUAUCACGAAUUAUUAGCGUUGACCAAGAUACACAUCAAUUCUUGGAUAAAUUCGGUAGGGAGAAAUUCUUUCGUGGUUUGAGUGUGGUCUAUAAAGGAGCACCAUAUUACCCGGUAAUCGAUAAAUUCAAUGCAACUACAUCGUUUACUGAAAAAGACGCACAAAUACUUCAAUCAGUUAAUAUGAAUGUAAUCCGAUUAGGUGUAUUAUGGGCAGCUGUCGAGCCAAGUAAAGGAAAAUACAAUGAUACAUAUUUGGAUGUAAUUCGUGGGAUCGUAGAUAAUUGUAAAAAGUACGGAAUUUAUGUGUUGUUGGACUCUCAUCAGGAUGUUAUGUCGGAAAAGUUGUGCGGUGAUGGGGCAAUUGGCUUGAUUCCGUUCCCACUCCCAAUUAGCUUACCCCCAUCUUAUAAAGACGGAAAUCCCGUUAUUUGUCCAUUAAAUUGGCCAGCUCUAUACUUAAGUAAUGCAGUUUCGGUUGCCUGGCAGAAUCUUUACGAUAAUCGUAAUGGACUUCUAGAUGCAUUCUCUGCACAAUGGGCUUACAUUGCCCAAAAAUUCAAGGACGUAGAUAAUGUGCUCGGAUAUGAGAUUAUAAAUGAACCAUGGGCGGGAAAUAUAUUUGCAAAUCCUAAACUUUUAGAGCCGAAAACUGCCGAGUCGACAAAUAUCCAAAGGCUACUUGACAGCGUAAAUACUGCCAUAAGAAAAGUAGAUGAUAGAUCUGUCCUUUUUUAUACAGGCGUAACAUGGGAUAAUUUUGGCAAUGCGCUCUCUGUUCCUGGUGGUAAUAACUACAAAAAUAGGAGCGCGUUAAGCUUUCAUUAUUACAAGCUUCCUCACAUCACUGGUGUUGAAGUUCAGUUUGUAAAGAGAGCAGAAGAUAUCAAAAGGACUGGUGGUGGUCAAAUGCUUACUGAAUUCGAUUCAUCGUGGAAUAGCGGAAAAGAAGUCGCUGAUAUUCUCAACGUUAUACAAAAAGCUGAUAAAUACCUCGUCUCCUGGAUUGGUUGGCAAUACAAAGACUUCUUCUCGCAACGACUCUCUAUUCGACCAGGCGUUAGCGACGAAGGCCUCAUCAACAAAGACACCGGUGAAAUACGUCCCGAAAUGGCAAAACUAUUUUCGCGCACAUAUCCAGAAUCGGUCGCCGGUAAAACUCGAAAUUUUUUCUUUAAUGAUACCGAUAGCUCUUUCUAUCUGGUUUAUAAGAUAGAUCCGUCUAUAAAAGCACCAACAGUGAUUCGAGUUCAGACUACAUAUAAUUAUCCGAAGGGGUUGAAUAUUACAGCUGCUCCUGCAGAAAAGGUUAAGAUUACGCAUGAUGGUAAUUUAGUGUAUAUUGAUGCGGUGGAAGGAAAAGCACAAAAGAAUGAUUUGAUUGUUGUUAAUGUUGUAGCGAAGUAA